AUCAAUUGCAAUGGCGGCGUCGCUUACAUCAUGCCCAACUUGCGUGAUGCCCUGCGCCAGGUUCGGCUGCCUGACAGGCCUCGGAGACUCUGGGUCGACUCCAUCUGCAUCAACCAGGCGAAUCCCCAAGAACAAGGGCGUCAGGUAUCCUUGAUGGGGCUCAUCUAC